UUCGAUCCUGGAACCUUUCUCUCUCUUCAAGGGGAUCAGAGCUUGAGAAACGAGGCAAUGUCUUCGACGAACAGAUCGUCUUCAGUUACGGAAGAAGUUCAAGAAAAUGGAGCCUCUACUGUAAAUUUCGGGAGCUCUGAAGCCCUAGAGCAGAUUCGCAACCUUACAGAUGUAGGAGCCAUGACCCGUCUCCUCCACGAGUGCAUCGCCUAUCAGCGGGGCCUCGAUCUUGAACUCGAGAAACUGCUGUUUCAACGCACCGAUCUCGACAAACAACUCAUCAAUCUUCAGAAAUCCGCCCAAGUCCUUGACAUCGUUAAGGCAGAAUCCAAUCACGUGCUCACUAACGUCCGCUCCACCUGCGAUCUCGCCGACCAGGUUAGCAGUAAGGUGAGGGAGUUAGAUCUCGCUCAAUCUCGUGUCCAAUCCACGCUUUCACGCAUCGAUGCCAUUGUUGAGAGGGGUAAUUGCAUCGAAGGAGUGAAGAAUGCUCUUGAAACGGAGGAUUAUGAAGCUGCGGCACAGUAUGUUCGGACAUUUUUGCAGAUCGACGAGACAUAUAUGGACUCAGGGUCGGAUCAGAGGGAGCAAUUACUUGCGUCGAAGAAACAGCUCGAAGGAAUUGUACGGAGGAGACUGUCCGAUGCUGUUGAUCAACGUGAUCACCCGACAAUCCUACGGUUCGUUAGACUUUUUUCGCCGCUCGGCCUUGAGGAUGAAGGAUUGCAGGUUUAUGUUGCGUACCUGAGGAAAGUGAUUGCUUUGAGAUCGAGGUUGGAGUAUGAGCAUUUGGUGGAGCUUAUGGAGCAGAAUCCAGGUGGGCAAAACCAGGUUGAUUUCAUUAGUUGCUUGACAAACCUGUUCAAAGACAUUGUCUUGGCUGUUGAAGAAAACAAUGAGAUCCUUCGGGGCCUGUGUGGGGAAGACGGCAUUGUCUAUGCCAUCUGUGAGCUUCAAGAAGAGUGUGAUUCCCGAGGUUCUCUCAUAUUGAAGAAGUACAUGGACUACAGGAAAUUGGCUAGGCUAGCAUCGGAAAUAAAUUCCUAUAGUAAGAACUUGCUUUCGGUUGGAGCUGCAGAAGGACCAGAUCCUAGGGAGAUCGAGUUGUUCCUGGAAGAGAUACUAUCACUGACACAGUUGGGCGAGGACUACACAGACUUCAUGUUGUCAAAGAUCAGGGGAUUGAGUUCUGUCGAUCCAGAAUUGGGUCCUCGAGCCACAAGAGCAUUUAGGAGUGGAAGCUUCAGUAAAGUCAUUCAAGAUGUUACUGGAUUUUAUGUGAUUCUGGAGGAAUUCUUUAUGGUUGAAAAUGUUAGGAAGGCCAUAAAUAUUGACGAGCAUGUUCCUGACAGCCUCACAACUUCGAUGGUGGAUGAUGUGUUCUAUGUUUUACAGAGUUGCUGUAGAAGGGCGAUAUCAACUUCAAAUAUCAGUUCAGUUCUUGCAGUUCUUAGUGGUGCAAUGAAUUUGUUGAGCAAUGAAUACCAGGAGGCAUUGCAGCAAACAAUGAGAGAGCCAAAUCUGGGUGCGAAGCUGUUCCUAGGGGGUAUUGGUGUGCAAAAGACAGGAAUAGAGAUUGCAACAGCUCUAAACAAUAUGGAUGUGAGUGGCGAGUACGUCCUGAAACUACGACAUGAGAUUGAGGAGCAAUGUGUCGAGGUAUUCCCUGCCCCAGCUGAUAGGGAGAAGGUGAAGUCUUGUUUGUCCUUGUUGGGAGAGUUGUGCAAUAGUUUCAAGCAAACCUUGAACGCUGGCAUGGAGCAACUAGUAGCCACUGUUACACCUCGCAUCCGUCCGGUGUUGGACACUGUGGCAACCAUAAGCUAUGAGCUGUCUGAGGCCGAGUAUGCAGAGAAUGAGGUGAAUGACCCAUGGGUCCACAACCUCCUCCAUGCUGUUGAGACCAAUGCAGCAUGGUUUCAGCCACUGAUGACAGUAAACAACUAUGACUCGUUUGUCCACUUGAUCAUUGACUUCAUCGUGAAGAGACUUGAAGUCAUCAUGAUGCAGAAGAGAUUCAGUCAGCUUGGGGGGUUGCAGCUUGACAGGGAUGCAAGGGCUCUGGUGAGUCAUUUCUCCGGCAUGACUCAGAGAACUGUGCGAGACAAGUUUGCUCGUCUGACUCAGAUGGCAACCAUCAUCAAUUUGGAGAAGGUCUCUGAGAUACUGGAUUUCUGGGGUGAGAACUCAGGUCCUUUGACCUGGAGAUUAACUCCAGCUGAGGUGAGGAGGGUAUUGGGUCUUAGGGUUGAUUUUAAACCUGAAGCAAUUGCUGCUCUAAAAUUGUAAAUCUUCAUCUAGUUUGGCUAGCAAUUGGUCUGUUUCUCUUUAUGAGUUACUUCCAGAUCUGUCCUUCGGCUUCUUAUUCAUUUCCAAUUUUGCUGUUCUGCUAUGGAAGUUUUGACUCUGCUCUCUUCUGGUUUUCAUGAUAGCAAUCAUGAGCGAUUAUUUGGAUAUUUAUCACUUAAUAAAGUAACAACAACAAUUACA